CGCCACCGCUCAACAGUCGCUCCAAAUACUUCGCUCAACGUAGCUCGUUCAACGAUAACAAAUAAAUAUGAAAUUCUGCUUAGCUCUGCUGUCGCUGCUCUUGGCUGUGGUMUUCGCCGUCGCAGAUCAUGCCGGUCACUCCGAUUAUGUGGUCAAAACCAAAGAGGACUUGAUACGCUAUCGCGAUGAAUGUGUUUCGAAGUUGAGUAUUCCCUCGGAUCUGGUGGAUAAGUACAAGGAGGGGAGCUUUCCGGAUGAUGAGAAAACUCACUGUUAUUUGAAGUGCGUUUUAGAGAAGUUCGAACUGUUCGAUGAGUCAAAGGGCUUCGAUGUGCACAAGAUACACCACCAAUUGGAGGGCGCUAAUGCCGAUCACUCAGACGCUACACACGGAGCUAUUGAGAAUUGCGCAAAGGAAGCCGCUGGCGAUGACGCAUGCGUUCGUGCAUAUCGUGGCUUCACCUGUUUCCUCAAGAACAACGCACAAUUGGUGCAAGAUGGCGUCAAAAAAAGCAGCAAAUAAUGUUUUUAAAUAAAAAAAUGUGCGAAAAAUAUAUCUUUACUCCAAAA